AUGUCGUCAAUAUCCACUUCUACCAUUCUACCUCUACACCUGAACACCAAGCAAACUCACUGUCUGCAGCCAGAAAGACUGGCAUUGCUUAUAGACAAAAGCAAAUCUAUCAAACCCUUAAGCCAAAUCCGUGCGUUUGUAAUCUGUCAUGGUCUGGAAAACCAUCCAGUCUUGAAUUUCAAGCUCCUACGCUCAUAUUGUUCUCUAAGCUGUCUUGAACAUUCUGUGUCCCUCCUUAAUCGCACCCAAAAUCCUAGUGUUUACUUUUACACUGCCAUUAUCCAUGGGCAUGCCAUAAAUGAUCUCCACUAA